AUGGAAACGGCAGACUCAGUCCGAGCUUGUGUCAGGGAGGGAGACUUCAUGGCCUCAAUAGACCUUCAAGAUGCCUACUUCCAAGUCCCUGUUCACCCCUCCUCCAGGAAAUUCCUCAGGAUUGUCAGCCUCGUGACAGCCCCACAGGUGUUCACCAGGGUCUUCAAGAUAGUGUCGAUAUGUGCACACGCAAGAGGCAUCCGUCUCCUCCGCUACCUGAACGAUUGGCUCAUCUUAGCCGAGACAGCUGCUCAGUGUGCAGAUCACCUUCAGCUAGUUUUGUCAUUCGUUCAGGAACUGGAAGUGGUGGUAAAUGUCGACAAGUCGGACUUCACUCCCAGACAAAGGGUAGUGUACCUCGGAAUGACGCUAAAUUCAUCCCUCAUGAAGGCCUUCCCCUCGGAGAACAGAGUCUCCAGCCUAGUAACUCAAGUGCAGAUAGCUUUGGGGCCCAGCCCUCCCACUGCCAAACUCUGCCAGUCCAUCUUAGGACACAUGGCCUCAAUAGAGAGACUAGUGCCUCACAGCAGAAGACGUAUGAGGCCUCUUCAGUGGCUGUUCAAGAAGCAAUGGUCUCCUCAGGAAGGGGACCCCAACAGCAAAAUUCUUCUCUCUCAAGAAGUAAGGGAGUCCCUGGAGUGGUGGAUGGUUCCUUCCCAACUCCAAGGGGGCAUCUCUCUCAGUCCAAGAACCCCAGAGAUUCUUCUCUUCACAGAUGCAUCAAAAGAAGGGUUGGGGGCGCACCUGACGGAGGAAGAAGUGAGCGGCCUGUGGUUGGAAGGAGAGAGAGCAGCUCACAUCAAUGUCUUGGAAUUGAAGGCAGUCUUCCUCUCCCUUCAGCACUUCCUGUCUCAACUCCAAGGGAAAACGGUGGGCCUAAUUUCAGACAACUCCACGGUGGUGGCAUAUCUAAACAAACAGGGGGUCACAAUCUCACUGGAUCUUUGUCGCCUGGCAGUACAAAUCCAGGAGUUAGCAGAGAAAAUGGACAUCACCCUCAAAGCAAGAUAUAUUCCGGGCAAGAAAAAUGUUUGGGUGGACCAUCUGAGCAGGAGGGGACAGAUAAUCAACACAGAAUGGUCCCUCCAUCAAGAAGUAGCAGAUGGCCUGAUAAAGAGGUGGGGCUCUCCUUCGAUAGACCUCUUUGCCACCGCAUGGAACAGGAAGCUGCCAGUGUUCUUCUCCCCACUCCCAGACCCGCAGGCAGCGGGAGAGGAUGCCCUCCUGCAGGAUUGGAAGAACCUGGACGCUUAUGCCUUCCCGCCUUUCCCCCUCCUCCAGAAGACCCUUCAGAAGAUUCGCUACUCACAGAACCUACGAGUAACCUUAGUAGCUCCUUGGUGGCCCAAAGCCCCCUGGUUCCCAGAAGUGCUAGAUCUCCGAGUUGGAGGACCCGGGUAA